AUGGAGAGAAGGUCUAGCACGAUUCAGCUUUGUUUUUGUUUUGCGAUCUUCCUCUUCAUCGCCACCGCGCACUGCUUCUACCUUCCUGGCGUUGCUCCCCAAGAUUUACGCAAGGGUGAUAUUCUGAAGGUCAAAGUAAACAAACUGGCCUCCGUUAAAACCCAACUUCCAUACUCCUACUAUUCCCUUCCUUACUGCAAACCAGAUAAAAUUGUGGACAGCGCGGAAAAUCUUGGGGAAGUUCUUCGGGGUGAUCGUAUUGAAAACUCUCCAUAUGAGUUUAAAAUGCGAGAGCCACAAAUUUGUAAUGUUGUUUGCCGUAUUACUCUUAAUGCCAAAGAUGCUAAGCAAUUCAAAGAGAGGAUAGAAGAUGAAUACCGGGUGAACAUGAUUUUAGAUAAUCUCCCGCUAGUGGAGCCUUAUAAAAGAAACGACGUGGAUUCGGUGGUUUAUCAACAUGGUUUCCAUGUUGGUCUCAUAGGACAGUAUGCUGGAAAAAAGGAGCAGAAGUAUUUUAUCAACAACCAUUUGACAUUUACAGUGAAGUUUCAUAAGGAUGAACAAACAGAUGCCGCAAGAAUUGUGGGAUUUGAAGUCAAACCAUUCAGUGUAAGGCAUGAAUACGAGGGUAAAUGGGAUGAUAAAACACGUUUAACGACCUGUGAUCCACGUGCAAAACGCACUGUAACCAGCUCUAAUUCCCCUCAGGAGGUUGAAGAUAAGAAGGAAAUCAUCUUCACUUAUGAUGUUGAGUUCAAGGAAAGCGAAAUUAAGUGGGCAUCUAGAUGGGAUACUUAUCUAUAUAUGGCAGAUGAUCAAAUCCAUUGGUUCUCAAUUGUCAAUUCUUUGAUGAUUGUCCUUUUUCUUUCUGGAAUGGUGGCCAUGAUUAUGUUACGGACCCUUUACCGCGACAUCUCCAAGUACAAUCAGUUAGAGACUCAGGAAGAAGCUCAAGAAGAAACGGGAUGGAAAUUGGUCCACGGGGAUGUUUUCAGACCUCCGGCAAACUCAGAUUUGCUUUGUGUUUAUGUUGGAACUGGUGUUCAGUUCUUUGGGAUGAUAGUAGUUACCAUGAUCUUUGCUUCACUAGGGUUCCUAUCCCCUUCGAACAGAGGAGGAUUGAUGACAGCUAUGCUUCUUCUCUGGGUAUUCAUGGGCCUUUUUGCUGGAUACGCCUCGGCUCGUUUCUACAAGAUGUUCAAGGGAACAGAAUGGAAGAAAAUUACUCUUCAAACAGCUUUCAUGUUCCCGGGAAUCAUUUUUGCCAUAUUCUUUGUGUUGAAUGGUUUAAUUUGGGGUGAAAAAUCAUCAGGAGCUGUACCAUUCGGGACCAUGUUUGCAUUAGUGUUCUUGUGGUUUGGCAUUUCAGUUCCUCUCAUUUUCGUAGGUAGUUAUAUUGGGUUUAAGAAGCCAGCUAUAGAGGAUCCAGUGAAAACCAAUAAGAUUCCAAGGCAAAUUCCCGAGCAGGCCUGGUAUAUGAAUCCCGUCUUCUCAAUCUUAAUAGGAGGCAUACUUCCAUUUGGUGCAGUAUUUAUUGAGCUGUUUUUCAUCCUCACAUCAAUCUGGUUGCAACAGUUCUAUUAUAUUUUCGGUUUCCUCUCCAUCGUGUUCAUCAUCCUAAUUGUCACCUGUGCUGAGAUCUCAAUCGUGCUUUGCUAUUUCCAGCUGUGCGGUGAGGACUACCUCUGGUGGUGGAGGUCAUACCUGACAGCAGGGUCAUCGGCUCUCUACCUCUUCCUGUAUGCAGCAUUUUACUUCUUCACAAAGCUCAACAUCACAAAACCGGUGUCUGGCAUUUUGUACUUCGGAUACAUGCUUAUUGCUUCAUAUGCUUUCUUCGUUGUGACUGGUACCAUUGGGUUUUUAGCAUGUUUCUGGUUCACGAGGCUCAUCUACUCAUCGGUGAAGAUUGACUAA